AGCACAAUAAUACCAGAAAACUAAAACCCCCUUUUAGUCUCCCAACGGUCUCUCCGUGUUCAACUCGCGUUUCGUUUCAUCGAAAUCAUACAGAACUUUCCUCACCACCAGCAGCCACUCUUGAAAUCCAACUUCUCUAUUCUCAUCCUUCUUCUUACAUUCCAAAUUAUUUUUAUAUCAUUUUUUAUUAUUAUUAUUAUUCCAUCUCGAUAGCCUCCAAUUUCCUUUCAAUUUCACCCCAAAUCGCUCGAAUUAAGAAUCAAAACCGUUCCAUAUAUUAAUAAUAUUCAGUUUCGGAGUUCAUAAACUGCUUUCUGUUGAUAAUUUUCAAGAGCGAUGGUGACGAUUGUGAUGUGAUAUGGCAUUGGUUGUUGUUACACACUUAAACGAUGUCGCUUUACAUUCGUCGUGAAUCUUCAAAGCUUUGGAAAAGAAUUUGUGCGGAAACUACAACAGAAGUUAAUCUUCUUCUGGAAAAUUGGAAGUAUAUUCUUGGCGGUUUAAUUUGUCAGUAUAUUCAUGGUCUCGCAGCUAGAGGAGUUCAUUAUUUUCAUCGUCCCGGACCAAUUCUUCAGGAUACUGGUUUCUUUCUACUUCCUGAACUUGGACAGGAAAGAGCAUAUGUCAGUGAGACAGUAUUCACAUUUGUCUUUCUAUCCUUCUUCUUGUGGACCUUCCAUCCUUUCAUAUUGAAGAGCAAAAAGAUCUACACGGUUCUCGUAUGGUGCAGGGUCCUUGCGUUUUUGGUUGCUUGUCAGAUUCUUCGUAUAAUUACAUUCUAUUCAACUGUAUUACCUGGUCCAAAUUACCAUUGUCGCGAGGGUUCACGGCUUGCAACACUACCCCGUCCGGACAAUAUUUUUGAAACUCUAUUAAUCAUUCCUCGAGGCGUUCUUUAUGGUUGUGGGGAUUUGAUAUUCUCGUCUCACAUGAUCUUUUCUCUUGUAUUUGUGCGUACGUAUCAAAAAUACGGUACUAACAGAUUUAUAAAGCAGUGUGCUUGGUUGGUGGUUGUGGUACAGAGUUUAUUAAUUAUUGCAUCUCGUAAACAUUACACGGUUGAUGUUGUUGUUGCCUGGUACACAGUUAAUUUGGUUGUGUUCUUUGUUGAUAACAAGUUACCGGAGAUGCCUGAUCGCAGUAUAGGUGCACUUUCGUUACCUGUGAGCAAUGGCCGAAUGAAAGAAGAAGGCGCUAAACUUCUGAAUGGCAACUCUGGGGAUGGUACAGAUCGGAGGUCGAGAAGUCAAGCCAACGGGAAGGUGAAUGAAGAUGGUGACAACCUACACGUUGAAGUACGGGAUGGUGCAUAGCUAUUGGAAGCACGAUUUAUGUUCGUCUGAAAUUUAAAGACCGCUAGACCCUGGUUAUCUUUUAAGUAAAAUAUUGAAUUGGGUAGUUGUUAUUUUGAUUUUGAUCUAGUUUUAGAUUUUAGAGUACCACCUAGUUGUAUUAUCAAGUUGGUGUUUUUUUUAUUUUAUUUUUUUUAUUAUUAGCAGUUUUUAAAUUGUUAAUUAUAUAUUUUGCUACUUAUUUUAAGUAAUAUCAAGUGUAUAUGGUUCUACUCUC